AUGGUCCAUUUUUUUGUUAGCGUUGACGAAGGGCAAAAAAAUAUAAUCAGUCAACAAGUUAUUAAAAUUGUUGAAGAAAUAUGUACAUUUAGUGAAAUAUAUGAAGCAAUUACUGAAGGCGUAUUUGGUGUAUGUAAUGUAAGGGUUUACGUUGGUAAAGGGGAUGGCAAGUGGAAUAAUCUAAGAGAAGGAUUGUAUGAUGAUAUAUCUUUAAUGUCAGAGCUAGAAUUAAAGUAUAUACGUUUUAUUGUACAUACUGAAGAAAAUAAUAUAGUACAACAAAAUCAACAAUUUGAAAGAAAUGCAUUUGACAUUAUGAUGGAGCAUUCCCAUAAGCCAUACUUUCCAUCAAUUAAAAGAGAAGAUACUCAACGAGAUGUUUUAUACAAUGAUCAACUUGUAGAUCUUCUUUGGUAUAUUGAUCCGCAUCAUAACACACUUGCUGCUUGUUCACUAUAUCUUCCAAAUAUUUUCAAAGAAUUAAGUCAAUAUCAAUGUGACAGCAAUUAUAAUAAAUUUUAUUAUACUUCACAUCAUAAAAAAGAGAGUCUUAAAAGAGAAAAACUUAAGCAAUUAGCAGAAUCAUUGGAGCUCUCAAUUGAAGUAUUUGAAUUAGCAAAUAUGAUCAACCAAUAUGCGAAGUAUUUACAAAGAGUUAAUAAUAAAGUAAAUGUUCGUCAUACUAGUAAUAUGGCAGUACGAAAUGUUAGUCAAGAUCUGCAAGUAUAUACCGUUGAAAGAUGCUCAGAAAUCGAUACUAAAUAUCAAGAAUUAUCAUAUUUUUUAUCUAACAAAAACAAUUACGAAUUUUUUAAUCUUGAGGAAUAUAUUCCAUCUAAUCCAAUGCAAAGAUAUUGUUAUAUUCAAAAUUUGCAACUUGACUUUCCUGUCACUAUUUACCGGUAUCACCAGGGCAAUUAUCUAGGUACUCUUAAUUAUAUAUGGAAAGCUCCAUUAUUAGCAGAUCAAAGAUUAGAAACAGAAAAUGCACGAGUAAUAUCAAUAAUUCAAGAAAGCUUGCCAAAGUAUUUUACUCACCAAAUGAGAAAAAAUUACUCUCUUAUUAAAAAGGUCACUCCAGUUAUGCUUCGAACAUUGUAUUAUGAUUUAACUGGUGAUGCUUCCACAACAUCGAAUCCUAUUUGCAAAGAGAUUGAAGAUCGAUUACGAUUGAUGCUUAUGCUUGAAGAUCCGUCAAUAAUUAUUGAUUUACAAGUUAAUAGUGCCAAAUAUAAUUCACCAUUACCUACAAAUAUCGCACUUCCAUGUGAAGAAUGGAUCUGUCUUCAAUUUUGGCCAACCAAUCCAACUACAGCAGCGGCAAUACAUUAUACUGGCCGAUUUAAUAUUAAAUAUCAAGUCCAAGCUAGACAAUUACGCAAAGAUCAUCCAGAUGCACAUUAUUGUGCUUGUUUAUUUCAGUAUCUACGUGAAUUUGCUAUUCUUUAUCGCAGUCAUGUUUGUUUUAUUGCUGCAGAUGAUAAACAUAAAAUACUGAUCGGAGAAGGUGUACCUACAUCAACUGGUGUACGUAAUAAGAAAAAUAUAGUUAGUACAAAUACAGUUCUUGUAGCGAGUGAUCAUGAUUUUACCAAACUAUCUCUUACCCCUUCUGUAACUUUUUUUAUUGAUAUUCCUGAAUCAAUUGAACAUUCCUUUUAUAAUGGUAAAGUAUUUGUUUCAUAUAAGGAUACACUUUUUCAACCUAGUACCGCUAUUAGACAUUCAACUGAAUUUUACAAUGCAAUACAAAGUUAUUAUGAACCGAACAUACCUCCCAUUCUUUGUCUUUACACAGAUGGUGGUCCAGACUAUCGAACAACUUUUGGUUCAGUACAAAUAUCCCUUCUUUGUCUAUUCCUUCGUGGUAACUUUGAUAUUCUUAUUGCAUUGCAAACUGCACCUUACCACAGUUGGGCAAAUCCAGCUGAACGAAUUAUGUCAAUAAUUAAUUUGGGUCUUCAGGGUGUUGCAAUUAUGCGAGAUGAGAUGAGUUCAUAUUUAGAGAAAAUUUUUGAAAAGGCUGAUACAUUAGAACAAAUUCGAGAGGCCGCAAAAAAAAACCAAGACCUUAAAACUGAACUGGAAAAUUGCAUUUGCAAUGUUCAACAAUUAUUAUGUGCACGAACUGAACGACUGAUAAUUCUUUCUAUUGAUAAAACGUUGAAGAUUUCUGAUACAACUAUGGAUAUUCUUUCAAAAAAAACUAAUCUUCAGGAAUUUAUGCGAACACAUUGUCAAAUUCGUCAUUACAGUUUUCAGAUCAAGAAAUGCGAAAAUGCGGAUUGCAAUGUAUGUGAUACAAUUCGCCUUCCACAAGAUAUUUUUAACGGCAUUAGCUUUCUUCCAGAUCCAGUACUUGCACAAUUAGACAAUGAUCGUUAUAUUGAUUUUAAGAGUAUAUAUGGUACAGAAACAACAGAACAAUAUCAUCCCACACUAAUAGCGGCUAUUGAAAAAGCAUUGACCAACACACAGCAGUCUAUAUUUAAAUGUAUUGUUGAUGAUUGGGAUUAUAGCUGUGGAUCUUCUUUAGUGCCUGAAAGUCAUGAACUUUACAAUGUUUUAUUUGUACGUGAAAAAAUUUCAUGUGAGUCACCAAUUGAGUUAUCUUAUUAUUCAUCACGUAAAAAUAAUCCACUUGUAUGUUAUUGGUGUGGAUGUGAUCAAGAACUAUUAGAAUUUCCAACAUAUAUGACAUCAAAGUACAAGUUUGUAUUUCCCUUGUGUAGUAUAUGCCAAAGUAAAGGAAAGGAUUUUUUUGCACGAAUUGAAAUUAAAACUAAUACAAAAGGUCAAAAAAGAAAGAGAAAUACUAAUAGUUAA